CCACUGAAUCAUUACUUAUCUUCAAUAAAACCGGCUUCACAAGCAAAACAACAACAGAUUUCGCUUUGAACAGAUUCGUUCAGUCAAACUGCGCACUCUGCCCAAAUCAGUUGAUUAUAAUUUCUGGCGAUCAACAGUAAAAUGAGCCAAUCAAAAUGUUAUUGUGGACCGGGUUAUGCAACUCCGUUGGAUGCUGUUCGUGACGGUCCUCGGGAGAAGCUUCUGUAUGUAGUGACAGUACAGCCAAAUCUGAACGAGUCGCACGGUGAUUAUCUUUCUACUGUCGAUGUGGAUCCCGAUAGCCCGACUUUCUGUCAAAUAAUUCAUCGAACGUUCACCAACAGUACGGGCAAUGAGUUACACCACAGCGGAUGGAAUACCUGUUCCAGUUGUCACUUCGUGGACAAUAAAACGAAAGCUCCAAAGAGAGACCGAAUGGUUUUGCCUUGUUUGAAUUCAGACCGCAUUUUCAUUGUCGAUGUUGGAACUGAUCCUAAAGCACCGACUUUGUUCAAAACUAUCGAAGGAACAGUAUUGAAAGAGGCAAACGCCACUGCACCUCACACGACUCACUGUCUGCCAAAUGGAAAUAUAAUGAUAUCGGUCAUGGGUGACGCAGAAGGUAAUGCAAAAGGAGAGUUUGUUGAGUUUGAUAAGAAUUUCGAGUUCGUGGGAGUCUGGACCAGAGGAGAUAAGACGGCGCUGUGUGGGUACGAUUACUGGUACCAGCCAUAUUUCAAUGUGAUGGUAUCGUCCGAAUGGGGUGCUCCCAAGUUGUUCAGACGUGGUUAUCAAGACUCGGAUAUUGAAGAUCCGGCACAGUACGGUCGGCGGCUCAACUUUUAUAAAUGGAACGAACGUGAAUUGUUCCAAACCAUAGAUCUAGGGGAAGAAGGAAUCUGUCCCCUGGAAAUUAGAUUUCUGCACAAUCCCAAAGAAAAUCAAGGAUAUGUAGGCUGUGCACUGAAGGCCAAAGUAUUCCGAUUCUAUCGGGAUGAAACUACCGAUCAGUACAUUGCACACAAAGUUAUCGAUGUACCAGCCAAAAAAGUCGAUGGAAGGCCCUCUCCAUACAUCAAUGGAAUGAUGACAGAUAUUUUAAUCUCUCUUGACGAUAGGUUCCUUUACUUCAGCAAUUGGCUUCAUGGAGAUGUUCGUCAGUAUGAUAUAACCGAUCGUGCAAAUCCUAAACUAACCGGUCAAGUUUGGCUGGGCGGUGCCAUUCUUAGCGAUUCAAAAGUGAAAGUUGUCGAGGACAAAGAACUAACCUAUCAACCGGAUCCAGUUUUCAUUAAAAAUCGGCGACUGCUGGGAGGUCCGCAAAUGUUACAACUUUCGUUGGACGGGAAACGCCUCUACGUGUCGUCUAGUUUAUUCUCCCCCUGGGACAAGCAAUUUUACCCGGAGAUGGUGAAAGCCGGUGGAACAAUCGUGCAGCUUGACAUCGACACGGACCAAGGAGGCAUGAAGAUCAAUAAAAACUUUUUGGUCGAUUUCGCCGAUGAACCUUACGGUCCAUCGCUUCCGCAUGAAAUGAGAUAUCCGGGUGGUGAUUGCACUUCCGAUAUUUGGGUAGUAAACGAAUGAGUAGAUUCGUUCUCAUUCUAUCCCAUUCUUUGGCCAUGCAACAAUGAAGCAACUGAAACUAUAUUUUAUAGAGACAACGAGUGAAUCGAAAUCAUUGGUUUUAAGAAAGGACCGUUUUUCUCAAGAUUGGUUUCAAGUAUACGUUUUAAUUCAGAAUCUUAAGCAAACAGGAAUUCCCUAAGCAAAAUUUUGAUUACUGAUAAGAGUCUUCCUUCAAGAACCAACAACUGCAAGCUGAAUAAUGCCAGAGUAACGAUGUGUAAUAAUUCAUGUAAAUGGUUGCAACCUCAUAAUAGUGUUAAAAGUGAGAUAUAUUAAAUCUAAGAUUAUAUAUACUUUCAAUAA